CUCAGAGCGCAAGCGCACUUCUCUAACCACUAGGCCACCACUCUCCUUGAUGAUCCACCACUCCAUUUAAUGGAGAAAAAUGAAAUAUUCAGACACGACAAUGUCUAAUAUAUUUUUUUUCAUCACCAGUAAAUUCAAAUUGGUGGCUUGAAAUGUAGAUAAAAAGGGUAAGUGUACUCUAGAAGUGAGCUUAAGUCUACUGUAGAAGGCAUAUUUGGGUAAAAAAACAACUAUCCCCAAGCUUUGUUAAAUACAAAAUAGGUAAAGUUUUAUUUAAAGGUAUUUGAUUAAUGUAUUUUUGUUUCUGAAACCUAAAAGAUUGCAAACGAUGGACACUCUGGAGGGACUAUGUCUGUCGGCUGACCUGGGAACGCCUUGGGAUUCCCCCGGAGGAGCUGGCCCAAGUGGCUGGGGAGAGGGACAUCUGGGCCUCCCUACUGAAGUUGCUACCCCAGCGACCCGACCCCGAAUAAGCGGAAGACAACGGAUGGACGGACAGACGGGACAAGCAGCAGCAGCAGCAGCAGCACCAGAGAGCCCUUUUUCUACCUGAAUCCAAGCUAAAGCAUGAUUUGUGUGUAUAUAUUCUUCUUGCUGGCCCUAAACAGAGGGGCACUGGGUUCUCUACAGGAUAAGCAAACCGACUUUGGCUUGAAAGUUUUUUCCCAGCUAGUAAUGGAUGUUGUGGACACAAACCUGGCUUUCUCCCCUUAUGGUAUGGCGAGCAUUAUGGCCAUGGCUCAGCUUGGUGCAAAUGGAAACACACAAAGGGCCUUGACUGCAGCUAUGGGCUUUUCUCUGCAAGAGCGAGGAAUGCCUCGACAGCAGCGAUACCUUCAGAGGGAGCUGGCCAGUGAGGAUGGGGUGGAGAUAGUGAGUGGGGUGAUGGUGGAGAGGAAGCUAAAUCUGGAGAAGAGAUUCCGCCGAGCCCUGGCCAAGACCUUCCAGACUCAGCCCCACCAGAUGGACUUCACCAAACCAGAACAGGCUGUUAGCAUUAUCAAUGCAUGGGUCUCAGAUCACACUGCAGCUGCCAUCCCUGAAUUGUUGGAUGCUGGAGCCCUUGAUGAUGAGACCCGUCUGGUCUUCCUUAAUGUGCUCCACUUCCAACGCCUAUGGAAAGUUCCAUUUGACCCCAAACUGACACAGGAGAGAAUAUUCCAUUGUGCUAAUGGUAGUACUGUGCCUGUGCACAUGAUGAGACUCACUGACCACUUUAACUAUGGGGAAUUUGUGACUGCUGAUGGGGUGGAUUACGAUGUAAUAGAGGUACCAUAUGAGGGUAACUCAUUGAGUAUGCUCCUGGUAUCUCCCUUUGAGCCUGAAAUUCCACUGAGUGUUCUCAGUGCUGAUCUGAACAGCCAGAAGAUUCAGAGGUGGAUGUCAGAGCUAAGGAAUGUCAGGAGACAGCUGACCAUGCCAAGGUUUUCACUAAACUCUGAAGUAAAUUUGAAGGGUGCUCUACUUAAAAUGGGACUUGGAGGCAUGUUCAACUUGGCUACUGCUGACUUUACACGGAUAACAUUUGAUGAGAGGCUUUGCAUAUCAAAGGUACUGCAGAAGGUGAAGAUCGAGGUGAAUGAGAGUGGAACCAAGGGUGCAUCAGCAACAGCUGCUGUCAUGUUUUCUCGUAUGGCAGUUCCAGAGAUCACACUGGACCGACCUUUCCUUUUCCUUAUUCAGCACAAGCACACUGGUGCACUUCUCUUCAUGGGCCAGUUCAACAACCCUCAACAAUAACACCAACACACUUUAUGUGACGACUACUGUUUUUAACUCCUCAUGAUGACCAUUAUCCUGAUCAGAAGACCUGUGACACUCAGCAACUACUUGUUUCAGCAAUGGUUAUAUUCAUUAACACUCUUAUUUAUAAUGACUAAAGACACAAAUAUAACAGAACAUCUUUGACUUUAAAUGACAACAAAAAUUAUAUCUAGGCUAUUUAUUUAUUUUUCAAUGUUUAUGGUUGACAAAACGGAGAGGAAAUCGAAGCAAACUUAACAGGCUACUGAUGCCAAUGACAGUUUUGCGCCUUUUAGAAAUAAAUGUGUUUUAUAGAUCAUUUUGUCAGGAUAUUUGAUAAAAAAAUAGGCAUUUUAUCUAUUUAAAGAUUCUGCAAAACUGCAGUGUGUAAUAUUUAUGUAUUGUUUCAAAAGUUUGUAUUUUUGCAAUGUUUUAAUUAAAGAUUUGCGAACUUAUAAACAAG